UUUGCUUUGAUAGGUCAUGUCAUUGCCUCGUUCCAGGUUCCAGAUAUUUUUGAUUGCUCGUUCGCUUGCUUUAAGGAUUCUCGAUGUCGAUCCUACAACUUCCGGGUUUCCGGCCCCCUCCACCUUUGUGAGCUGAGCAGCAAAAGCGUCUAUACGAAACCUGAAAAUUAUACGGUGCAAGGAGAUAUGAUUUAUUAUGAUGCUGGAAGGGUAAAUAGUAGCAAUGCUAUAAACGUUUGAAAGUUAUGUAUCAAGGCUAUGGAUCAGUAGAUGGUAUAGGUAGUUAAGUUAAUAGCCUUGAAUAAUUUAUCUAGACAGGAAAGCGUUUCCUUCGUGUGGAAUAAGAUUUUCGUGACGGAUUUUUCCCGUCACGCAGUCCAAAGUUGUCUUUAAAGCUCAAAGAUUCUUAAAGUCUCCAGAGCCUUUGCAUAGGUAAUCCUUCGAUUUCUUGUGCCAAGCUAAGGCCCAAGCGAACCGCGAAAUCGAGUGAGCUAUGAGGACGAGAAUGUGCCCAGUCCACAACGGCCUCUCUCUUUUAAGCGAGAUCCUCGUACAAAGCAGCUUUAUAAUAUCUCUUCCAAAAGUAACUUCCACAAGGGCACCGAGUUCUCUGAAGUGAUUUUAGCGGUCAGGUAUGGCAAAUAGAAGUAAGAAUUUGUGGUUAGAUCUAAAGGGUCCAGAUGAGAAAGUGAGUACAGUAGGUCCCUAACUUGCAAUUCCUCUAUCAAGUAAUUGCGAUAACUUUACAGGAAAAAAAAAAAAAAAAAAACUUAUUCCAAUCUCGUCCUCAGAGAUUAGUCAGUCAGUUUCAAGAUGGCGUUACGACACCAUCUUGAAAAAAAUCGACCAAGAAAUACCAAGGAACGAGAUUAGUUUCUCCUUAUCAAUUAACAACGUCAUCUGUCGUUUCCACAGAGCGCCGGAUGUUCAUCGUCACCGUGUCAAAAUGGCGGUAAAUGCAUUACCUUGUGUGGAAUAGAUAUUCCGUUCGGUUUUGUUUGUGACUGCGAUGUCCUUCACACUGGUGAGGUGUGCCAAAACUGGACAGGUGAGGACUGGGUGCUAGCGUAGCGCGCUAAGAACUCUAGGAUUAACUUGGCUGACAUGAAUGACAAGACAAGAAUGACAAAAUGACAAGACAGAAUUUCUCUGAACAAAAUCAAUGCCAUUUCGAGCACACAAGCGAUGAGAAUAAAGAAAAAUACCAAUUAGGGAAUUAUUUAGUUGAUCCAAUACCAAAUUCUCCAAAAUAACAACGUAAGAAUUACAUGGUCGGCAGCAAGGAGAAUAACUGAUGACAUCUUGGGAGCAAAAGGGUUAAGGGUUGCAUACUGACCGCCUGUCCAGCAAAAGUUAAAAAUCGAGCGAGCAGAUAAAUAACUUCCUUGGAAUUUCUCUCACGUUCAAAAUUAAAGGCUGACAAAUGACAUGGAAGCCGUUUGUAAUCCAAAUUGCUUCUGCGUUCUAUCUGCUUUUGACCUUAUCUUCAAAAUUUUGUGUUCACAGAAAAGUCCAAAGACUACGAUUUGAAAUUCCAGGCAAAAAGUUUGUCCAACAAUGUAAGCAUGGCCAUUUCGAAUGAGCCCAUUAACGCCUUGACGUUUUGCAUCUGGUUUCAAACAACUCAGUCAGGAUCAUUUGGGCUUGUAGGCGGCGACCUUGAUUUAAUUUGUAAUGAAUAUUCGCAGUGCAACUUCUCCUUAAAAGGAGUCAAAAGGUAGGAAUAUUAACAUCUACAAUAGUAAAUAAAGCUCACUUUCCCUAGUUUAGAGAAAUUUUCAACAGAGCGUUAAGAUUGAUCCGCGACUGCAUUAGUUUUGCCUUACAACCCUCUUCGACUGGCCUAUAGAACUCAAUUCACAUCUACGACAACCAAGUAAAUCGCUGCAUUGUUUUGCUUUUGCUUACUCGCGUCGUAAUUGGAUUAAUUGUUUGGCGCCAAUUGAUCACUCAACCAAUCACCUACGAAAGUAAAUCAUCCCUCACACGGUUGCUCGCAUUUUUUCCCUCUCUGCAGUGCUUCCGUUUUCUUCUUUCGAGUUUUCAUCGGUUCUUUCUUGCGAUUGGACGUAGUUAUUUUCAUUUCAUACAGCAUUGCGACACUAAAUCCACAUGGUCUUUAUCCUAUAUCCACUAUUUGCGCUGAUUCAGUAUGUUCACGAUUUUUACAAGCACGUGCGGAGAAGUCUGAGAUCUUCGAAAUUGUUUCGUACCACAGGGAUUUUUACAGCACUCCGUUGAACAAUGGGAUUUGGCACAGCAUCUGUAUCACCUGGCAGCGGUCAACGCGCAUUUGUGCGGCGUAUAUCGACGGAAAAACAAACAAACGGCGCACAUUUACCGGCUGCGGAGGAGACACUGAGUUUGAAUUCAGCCAACCAUUGGUGUUGGGUCAGCUUGUGAAAAGUAAAGGAAUAUUCCAAGAAGGCAACUCGUUCACUGGCAACAUCAAUGGAGUGAACAUGUGGGAUUAUGCCAUGGAGGAGAACGAAGUAUACAAUUUGGCUACAAAUUGUUCGAGUCGCGUGGGCAAUGUCGUAAGCUGGCCGCUUUUCAGAAAUGUUCUGGAGGGCAACGUUGUGUUGACAGAAGGGUCAAUUUGCAGCGGACCUGGUAAGUAAUUGGUACCUUAUUAGUAGAAAUAGGGGACCGCUUAGAAUUUAUCGCCUGAGGGGGAGGGGUGGGGUGGUGUUGAGAGGAUUUUGGCUCUCUCACAAUAUAAUCACCUUACCCCCCUAAGGCUCAGUACUAUUCUAAUGAUGCCCCUCCCCUCCUCCCCUCAUUGUUAUUCAAUUUUCUAUAGUCUUUCCUUUAUACUCUGUAAGCAACGACUGACUCCUUCCCCCCUCCCACCCUCCAUCGUCGAAAAGUACCAAAAUCCUCCCAUCCCCUCCUCCCGCAGGUGAAAAAUAAUGAAUGGUCCCCAGAGUACAGAAAGGUCAUUGCAAAACAUCUUAUGGACUGAAACAGAUAGCACAGAAGGGUCCAGUUGUUACGAAAACAAUAGGGCCAAGUUGCUAUGGCGUGGAUACGCUCAGUGGUCAUCUCUAAAAGAAUUGUAGCCCAUAAUGUUUACGUUGCUAAGGGCUCGAAAAUUUAAAGGAAUAAUACUGGAAAACUUUUUAACACAAGGAACCAUGCCGCUUUUGAUUUGAGAAGAGACCCUGAAUCCAGACUAGGACAGGAGUCCAUUACUAAUGGGCUCCUGACUAGGGGUAGUUUGUCCUUUUUGGCGAAAUCUGUCGCGCGAGUUAAAAAACUCAGCGAAAAAAUUGAUUUUAAUGCGCCGCGCGAUACUCUGGGAGUGAGUUUUCGGCCGUUUUACCGCCAGAUUUCUGCACGGCGCACUAGUAUCAAUGAUCACGUAUCAUAGGCUUGGAUGGCAAAUAUGCACGCACAACCCCACAGGCGCUAUGAGAUGUUGGGGAUGUCACGCAACGACGCAGCGAAGAGCCUCGUUGUGUUACAUCUCAACAAUGACAUGGCAGCACACUUACCUUUUCACAUGAUUCAUGAAGGAAUUAUGUUUAGAAAACGUGACUGGAUGUUCUUCAUAUUUUUAUUUCUUUUUAUAUUUUGUUUAAUUAAUUUUGUUUUUCCUCUAGAUCUCUCUUCCAAAGUCUCCUUGAAAUUUCCAGCCAUGACAGCUGUUGAUCGGAUAAAAUAUUCUGGGUCACUCUCCUCGUUCCAGGCCUUUACUCUCUGCCAGUGGACAAAACUCGUCUUCAUGCAGGCAGAGGCCACUUAUCUUAGUUAUGCUAACAGUGAAUCGCCAAACGCUCUGGUUCUCUUCCUGAAGAAAGACCUGACGAUACGAAUGUUUAUCAACAAUAAAAAGUUGUAAGUAUACCUCUCAGCUCAUUUUACUGUUUGGAGAAAAAGAAAUUGUUGGUGGAGUGGAGUCCGAAUGACAAGGUCUGGGAUUGAGGCCUGCUGGUGUCCUCGAGUCGAGUAAGAAGGGAGACAAAAAAGGAAAGUCGAUCCCUUAGUUCGUUCCGAGAAAAAAAACAAGGACUGCAUUGAUGGGCCUCCGAUGCCGCGAAGGGUAUUUAUACACUCUGCAGAGAUUGAGGAGGAUGCUACUGUUCCUUAAUUGACUAUUUUCUGUUGUCGUUUCAUUUCAGACAGGCAUUCAGGGCUCCCUUUCUGGACAAACACUGGCAUCAUGCUUGUGUCACGUGGACAAACAAUGGAGGUGAAUCUAAGUUUUAUAUAGAUGGCUCAUUGAUGAGAGUGGUAACUGGGUACGGAAAUGGAGAUGUUAUCCGCGGAGGCGGGAUUCUUAUCUUCGGUCAAGAACAGGAUAACCUUGGAGGAAGUUUUGAUGCACAACAAUCGCUUGUCGGCUUCUUGAGUCACUUAAACCUGUGGAAUUUCGUGGUGCACUCUUUCGCUCUAGUUGACAUAGCAACAGGAUCUGGCACAGAGAAUGGGAACACUGUGGCUUGGAAAGACGUCAUACGAGGUCAGGCUUACGGUCAGGUUGAAGUUGUUUCUAUUUCCCAGGAUCCACCGAAACGUGAGUAUUACUGAUUGCUCUGUAGUAAGCCUGCAAUCACACUCUCAUUAUUGGUGCCGCAAGACGCGGGUUCCUACGCCCUAGGAAGAUUUCAGACGAGUCGGUUAGAGGGUUCCUGGGAUCUGGCACUAAUAAUGAGAGCCCCAAGGACAAUAUUGUUCUUUUCAUCAUCUGCGUUCGCCCACGUACGCAGCCUCCUGAUUGGUGACAGAUGACAGGUUGUGUCAUUUUUAGUGCCAGACCUCUUGCAGACCUUUCGUUGGUUCGCGUAGAUCAAGAGCUCUAAUUUCCCCCGGGCUAUGAAACACUCGUACCUAGGCGCCAUUAGUGACAGCCUACUUGCUAGGCCCUCAUAUAAGUUGCUGACAUAAUUUAUAGUUUAUUUGGAAAAACGAGGAUAAUUUUUCACUUGUUCAUAAAAAUAGCACUGCCAGCAUAAUAAGCAUAUUUUCAGUCAAGGGGAACAUAACCAGAGUCAUGAUUUGCUCGUCCUUUUGGUUGAUUUACUUAUUUUCAAUUUUGCAAAGUCUCGGGGGGAAGAAGGUUUCUGCAGUUCAAUGUGGUGCUGUAGGUUUUUAAGAAGGAGUUCAAAGAAUAUAUAGUGCAUGUGCAGUUGCUCUAAUGAUCUUCUGAUGGGUAAUUUCAUUGCGAAAUUAUUUUAGUUAGCCAAACCGGAUCGUUUGUUAAGGUUUUAAGUGGCGGCGGCGCCGCGGAAAAAGGGGUCGAAGCCGCGGGAUGAAUGGAAAUUAGUAAAAAUAUUGGUUGUUUAAAAAGCGCGUUUUUCAUUUAAUGGAGUGAACUCUUCGCGAUGGGGCGGGCAGAUUGGGGGCGAACUUGCAAUGAGGCGAGACCUCCAUAAAUCCACUAGCCCAAUGCACAUGAUAUCUACUCAGGAUAUUGCUGUUUUGUUCCAGGUCCAAAUAUGGACUUCAAGUAUGUUUUUGCAUCACAAACCAACCCAUCAUAUGUCCAACUUUAUGACGCCACGACAGACGAGACCAUUGUGAAGUUCACAGCGUGCCUAUGGGUGUCUGUCUAUCAAUCAGAGAUGAUGACGUUGUUUACCUACAGAACAAGUGAGAUGCGGAAUGCCAUCGGUAUGCGGCCAAGGCCUAGCGAUCCGAAGUCGUUCACCAUCAUCGUCAACAAUAAAUUUCUGUGAGUAAAAUACCUCUCUGCUGAUGUGAGUAUGACUAUGCUGUGACGUCAUUGUCAUUACGAAAUCACGUGACGUUAUGGCCCUUAGUUGGAUUAUACCUAUCCCGUCCCCAGUCUCUUUCUCAAGGGAGGGAGAGAAGAGAGAGGAUCAGUAUGCUUAUUCUCCAUACUGUACGCCAUACGUUUCUUAGGAUGCUGACAAGGAGAAUUUGUAUAACAAUCAAAAGCCUCUCUAUUUGGUGAUUAUUUCAUUUAUUCUCUGGACCUUAAUGUGUGAUUCAGGGGUGAUAUUGUAAGGAGAAAUUAGAUAAUUGAUUCACAUUUUCACUGCUUAACAGGAAUGUUGACUAUGACGACUUCUUUGAAGAAACUGGGUGGCAACAUAUUUGUGUCACGUGGGAAAAUGGCGCAGGAAACUGGAAGCUAUACGUCAAUGGAGAAAGUGUCAAAAGUGGCUCUGGCCUUCAGCCGGGCGUGGUAGUAUAUAUAAUUUUUUUUUGAGUAAAUGUGUCUCGUUUAGACGCGGUAUUCCAAUAGUUAGUUACUCCGGAUCGAGAGGUCUGGGUUCGAGUACUGGACAGGUGUUCCUAGGCAGAACACAUAACUCAGCAGUGCCUCUUUCCAUUUUGGAGAGUAAAUGGAUGCGCGCAAUUGUCAGGGAAGUGUGAUGAAAUAUUGGGGUUAAUAUUUCACUAACCUAACAUCAUACCAAAGGGGAAGUAGCUUCGUGGUAAGGAAAACCGGAUAACGUCCUGCUCGAUGGGCUGUUGAACUCGAGUACAGACUUCUCUUAUACCCAUUUUGUUGUUGUUGUUGUUGUUGUUUUUUUUGCGUGUCUUACUAAAACAUAUAUUUUUUUAAUUAUCAGGAAAUUAAAGGAAAGGGUGAAUUAUUGCUCGGAAAAAGGUACAGAGCUGGCUCAGAUACAAUUAAACCGGAGCAAGGUCUUGUCGGGGAGAUCAGCCAUUUAAACAUUUGGAACAAGACGCUGUCUACGACGGUAUUGCUUGCGAUGUAUCGAGGAUGUGAUUCUACGGGAGGAAAUUUUUUCGACUGGUCAUCGCUCCUUUCCGGUCAGGUGGUGGGUCAAGUUACCUGGGAAACGUCGGCAGAGUGCACGUUACCAGGUCUGUAGGUUGUCUUUGAAUUGUGUGCCAUUUGCCAAGGUUUCGAAAACGUGAAAAAGCUGUACCACGUUUCCUUAUUAACUCACAAUUUACUCACUUGAUUUGACGAUUUUACCACAACGCUUCAGUUAACUCCCACUCAAAAUUCUCGGCUUAUUCGAAAGGAAACACACACACAACGUCCUGUUGUAAGCACGUGGAACAGUGCCAUAUAUGGGGGCGAUAAAAUACGUAUAAAGGUAACCUAAGCAACAAGAUCUCGGCCCAAUACUUUGCUCACCUUUCAUUCGUGGUAUUAGUUCACUUAUCUCUGUUACACUCUUUUUCAUUUACUGUUAAUAAUAUUUGAUGUUGCAUCAGAUCCUCCCGGUCGAUAUGCAAUAAUUGACUUAAACUUGCAUUUUAAAGCUUCAAUUGGGAAUGCAAUUUAUAAAAGGUUUGAAAAUUAAAAGUAGCUUCUUUUCUAUACGUUGGUUUCCUUUCAGACGAGGUUAUCAGCUCCAAAAGAAAUCUCUUCUGUGAGGGAAUGACAAAGUAUGGAUGUUCAUCUCCCCUGUAUGCCCUGUUCGACGGAACGAAAGAUUCAAGAGCCAAGAAAUGGAGAUGUUACUUCUCCAACGCUUUGACGCAAGACAACUCUGGUCUGUUGGCGUACGACUAUGAAAAAGAAUCAUCUUGUUACAUAACAAUUGCCAAUCCAGAUUUUUAUCUCAUUACGUAA